AUGCGGAUCAGGUGUGCAGGUGGAGGUGGAGCACAGGGCCAGAGAUGCACAGAUGAUCCUAUCUUUGAGACAAAGAUCGUUGCUGUUGGAGAUUAUGUGAAACUGACAUGUACCCGCAAAGAAUCUGCUAUCACUACAGUCCCUCCAUCUGAUCCAGUCCGUCCAGGAGACUCGGUGACUCUGCAGUGUUCAGUCCUCUCUGACUCUGAGAACAAAACAUGUCCAGGAGAACUCAAUGUGUGUUGUUUUAGAGAUGGAUCACAUCAGUCUCAUCCAAGUUUUAUUUAUAGUCAAGGAAAUAGUGUUGACGACAGUGAGGGAUUCUCAACAAAGAAGUGUUUCUACAGCAAGAACAUCUUUAAAAACAUCAGCUCCUCUGAUGCUGGAACUUAUUACUGUGCUGUGGCCACAUGUGGGGACAUAUUUUGUGGAAACAGAUCAAAACCCGAAACUGAAGCAAUCAACAUGAGGGAUUUGCAGAAGGACUAUACAAUUCUCAUUCUGUUAUGUGCUGCUUUGGCUAUAUGUGUGAUUGUUAUAGCCUUCCUCAGUUAUACAAUCAAGAAACUCAAGAGAAAUUCUUGUGGUUGUUGCAAUGCUGCUGUUGUUCUGCAAAUAAAUGCUGCAACAGCCAAUGCCAGUGAUCAGCAAAGUCAGAAGACAGAUGAGGACUCAUUGGUUUAUUCUGCACCAACCUUCGCUGGUAGGAAAUCUGGCAGAUCAGAGAGAAGGGAUGCAAAAACAGAGGAGGAAGAGAGCAUCUACACUGAUGUCAGGACUCUUGGGUUGGAUUAACAGUCUACACACAAUAGAGCCUUUAAGCCUCGUGUAAUUUUGGUUUGCACACUGUGUGAGAAAUGUACUUACUAAGCAGCCACGGUGCUUAAUUUCACCAAGUUGGAAAUUUUUAUUUUAUUUUGGAUAACUUAAAACACGUGUAUAUUUCAUUGUUUUAUAUGUAUUGUAAAGAAAA